AUGGGCUGGUUCUGGGGUGAUUCAAAUGAUGGUGAUAAGGACAAAUCUCAAGAUCCUUUAAAGAAUCUUGAUCCAAGUUUACAAGAGUUUCUCAAAAAGGAAUCACCGGUCAAAUACGAUUCCGCGAAGUCUACGGACACAACAGCUUCGUCGCAAACAAAAUCGUCGGUGCCAACAUCGACAAGUGCGACAACUGAGGAUCCUACCAAACCCAGUGUUCCUCCGCAGAGUUUAUACCAAGACGGUCGCUACGCACAUUUAUGGAAAACAUAUCAACCACAAGCAGAAAUCGAGCAGGCAGCUAAAUCAGAUGCCGAAAAGAUUCAGGAUGUUAUUGAAGGAUACAAAUACCGAAAAGCAGAGAUUGGGAGAGCAGCUUUAGAGAACUGCGCAUUGGAACAAUGGGAUGUUAAUGAGUGUUUUCGUUCAGGAGGAUGGCAAGCUCGAUUGACUAUGUGCAGAGAGGAGAAUAGGAAACUGGAGAGAUGUUAUACGAUGCAAGGUAAAUUCUUAAAAGCUUUAGGAUAUCUAUCAACCUAUGAUCGUCCAGCUGAAGUCGAUGAACAAAUCCAAAUGCACGCCGAUACCUUAUAUCACCGAAUGAUUGAUCAAGAAAAGCAAAUUGAAGAAGCCAAAGCAGAGGGAAGACCUGUACCUAUAUUCCCUCCCCUCAUAUCGAAAAGAACUGGACAAACAAAUUCCGCGCAAGAAAAUAAUAAGCUCAAGGCAUCUGAUCUUCCACCAAAGGUACAAGCUUCGUUCAAAAAGCGACUUGAAGGUUUGAACGACGACGAGAGACAAAUUGAGGAACGAGCGAUUCAGGCCGAAAUUGAAGCUGGUGAACAAGUUGCAGGCCAGUUAGGAAAGAUUUAUGAGAAACAGGAUGAAGAACGAAGGCAAAGGAAAGAACAGGGCAGGGAGACUAUCAGUGACAAGUUUUUCUCAAUAUUCCGUGGAAGAUGA